AAUGUUGAGUCUGCUUUCUCCCCAGAUGCAGAGCAGUGUGUCCAGUACCCAGACCAAGAGUAUCCAAACAGGGGGAGAAAUCGCUGCCUCCCCAAAGUUGUGACCUUCCUGGCCUACGAGGAUUCCUUGGGGAUGGCACUAGUCUGCAUGGCUCUGUGCUUCUGUGCCAUAACAGCUGGAGUUUUGUGGGUCUUUGUGCAGCACCGAGACACCCCCAUCAUCAAGGCCAAUAACAAGGCUCUCAGCUAUGUCCUGCUCAUCUCCCUCCUCCUGUGUUUCCUCUGCCCCUUACUCUUCAUUGGCCGUCCCAACAUAGCCACAUGCACACUCAGACAAAUCACAUUUGCAGCUGUGUUCACUGUGGCUGUUGUCACUGUUUCCGCCAAAACUCUUACUGUCAUUCUGGCAUUCAAGGCCAUGAAACCAGGAGGAACCAUGAGGAGAUUGCUAGUAACAGGAGCUUCUAACUAUGUCAUUCCCAUCUGCUCCCUCAUCCAAGUGAUUAUCUGUGGAGCCUGGCUUGGAACCUCUCCCCCUUUUCUUGAGAUAGACACUCAUUCUGAGCCCAAGAGCCUCAUCAUCGUGUGCAUCAAGGGCUCUGUCACUGCCUUCUAUUGUGUCUUGGGAUACCUGGGCUCCUUAGCUCUGGGGAGUUUCUCCUUGGCUUUCCUGGCCAGGAACCUGCCUGACACCUUCAAUGAAGCCAAGUUCCUGACCUUCAGCAUGCUGGUGUUCUGCACUGUCUGGGUCACUUUCUUCCCGGUCUACCACAGCACCAAGGGCAAGGUCAUGGUGGCCGCAGAGAUCUUCUCUAUCUUGGCCUCCAGUGCUGGGCUACUGGGCAGCAUCUUUGCCCCAAAGUGCUACAUUAUUUUUAUAUGACCUGAGAAGAACUCUUUGAAAGGUUUAAGGAAUAAAAUAGAUUCUAAGAGAAAGAGGCAUUCAGGUUUGUCUCAUAACAAGUAUCACAUUGGGAUUUUGGACAAUAAAACACUAAGAUACAUAAUAUUAUAGGUGUAUUCAUUCAGACAUUAGAAACCAUCAAAACGGUUUCACCAACCUAAUCCUCAGGUCAGAACCUUCUCACCUGCCCAUUUGUAUCUCUCACAAGCAUCCUAUCUUAAUAAAUCUAUUCCUUGCCUAUUGAAAAAAAAAUUGCUUUAUCUUUAUCAAGGGAUUCUCCCCUCUCAUUUACUCAAUGAGUGUUAUUACAUUUAUAGUUGUACAAUGAUCAUCACAACCCAAUUUUAUAGAAUUUCCAUCCCAAACCCCCAGCCCAUCCCCCCAUGCCCAACCUGUCUCCUUUGGAAACCAUAAGUCCAAGUCUGUGAGUCAGUAUUUGUUAUGAAAAAAGUUCAUUGUGUCCUUUUUUAAGAUUCCACAUGUAAGUGAUAGCAUACGAUGCUGAAGUCUGUCUAACUCCACUUAGCAUGAUAAUUUCUAGGUCCAUCCAUGUUGCUAAAAAUGCCAUUAUUUCUUUCCUUUUAAUGGCCGAGUAAUAUUCCAUUGUGAAUAUUUUUACCACAUCUUUAUCCACUCCUCUGUCGAUGGACAUUGAGGUUGUCUCCAUGUCUUGGCUAUUGCAUAUAGUGCUGCAAUGAACAAUGGAGUACUUGUAUCUUUUCGAGUUAUGGUUUCCUCUAGAUCGAUGCCCAGGAGUGGGACUGCUGGAUCAAAUGGUAAUUCUAUUUUUAGUUUUCUGAGGAAUCUCCAUACUGUUUUCCACAGUGGAUGCAGUGACUUUUAUUGCUAGUAGUCUCCCUUAGGUCUCACUAAGAGAUAGCGUUGACACUCCCUUUGCCUGUUCUUGCUCACUAACCUAAACACUUAAACUUCCCUAAUAAAAGUCAUAUGUGCUAAAGCCUAAGGGCCUUAGUUCUGAGGAACAGAGUGCCUCCUGGUCCCCCACUUUCUAAAUGUAAAAGAGUCUUAAGUAUUUUGUUAUACCAAGCCAUUCCUCUUCCAGGACUCUCUGUUGCCCUGCAGCACUGGACACAGCAGUUCUAGUUCUGUGAAAAAUGUCCUUGGUAAUUUGAUAGGGAUUGCACUGAAUCUGUAGGUUGCCUUGGGCAGUACAGUCAUUAUAAUACUGAUUCUUCCAAUUCA